UGAGGAGAUGAAGGUGCUCCCUGCAUCUGGCCUCGCUGUCCUCCUCGUCACGGCUCUGAAGUUUUCCUCUGCAGCCCCCUCCCUAUUUGCAGCCACCCCCAGGACCUCAAGGAACAACUACCAUCUCGCACAGGCCUACCUCGACAAGUAUUACACGAAGAAAGGAGGACACCCGCUUGGCGAGAUGGCUGCGAGAGGCAGCAACUCCAUGGUGAAGAAGAUUAAGGAGCUACAGCAGUUCUUUGGCCUCCGAGUCACGGGCAAGUUGGACCGGGCCACGAUGGAUGUGAUUAAGAGGCCUCGCUGCGGAGUUCCCGACGUGGCUAACUACCGCCUCUUCCCAGGUGAACCCAAAUGGAAAAAAAAUACUUUAACCUACAGGAUAUCCAAGUACACGCCGUCCAUGACGCCUGCAGAAGUGGACAGAGCCGUGCAGAUGGCCCUGCAGGCCUGGAGCAGUGCCGUCCCCCUGAGCUUUGUUAGAGUAAACGCAGGAGAAGCGGAUAUUAUGAUCUCUUUUGAAACUGGAGAUCACGGGGAUUCCUACCCAUUCGAUGGGCCUCGAGGGACUCUCGCCCAUGCAUUUGCACCUGGAGAAGGCCUGGGAGGAGAUACACAUUUCGACAAUGCUGAGAAGUGGACUAUGGGAACGAAUGGUUUCAAUUUAUUCACCGUGGCUGCUCAUGAGUUUGGCCACGCCCUGGGCCUGGCCCAUUCCACAGACCCAUCAGCACUGAUGUACCCAACUUACAAGUACCAGCGGCCCUACGGGUUCCACCUCCCCAAGGACGACGUGAAAGGCAUCCAGGCGCUGUACGGACCUCGGAAAACAUUCCCAGGGAAGCCCACGGUGCCCCACGCCUCCCCUCAUAAUCCGUCCAUCCCCGACCUCUGUGACUCCGGCUCGUCCUUUGAUGCCGUGACAAUGCUGGGAAAGGAGCUCUUGUUCUUCAGGGACCGGAUCUUCUGGCGUCGGCAGGUUCACUUGAUGUCAGGGAUCCGGCCCAGCACCAUCACCAGCUCCUUCCCCCAGCUCAUGUCCAAUGUGGAUGCAGCUUACGAAGUGGCUGACAGGGGCACAGCUUACUUCUUCAAAGGACCCCACUACUGGGUAACAAGAGGCUUCCAGAUGCAGGGUCCUCCCCGGACUAUUUAUGACUAUGGGUUCCCAAGGAACGUGCAGCGGAUAGAUGCUGCGGUCUACCUCAAGGAUGCACAGAAGACCCUUUUCUUUGUGGGAGAUGAAUACUACAGCUACGAUGAACGAAAAAGGAAAAUGGAAAAAGACUAUCCAAAGAUCACCGAAGAAGAAUUUUCAGGAGUUAAUGGCCAAAUAGAUGCUGCAGUAGAAUUAAAUGGCAACAUUUACUUCUUUUCAGGACCAAAAGCGUACAAGUAUGACACAGAGAAGGAAGAUGUGGUUAGUGUGCUGAGAGCUGGUUCCUGGGUCGGUUGCUGAAUGGAAAAGCCUCGUCUUUCCUAAGGAAUGAAGGUGACUGAGAACAGCUGGCAACUGGAUCUUAAGGACUAAAGCAGAAUGCAGGUUAGGGAUCCUUCCCGUGGUCUUUAAUUCUAAGGGUAAUUUAGAGUUCAUUGAAAACGAUGAUGCUUCUAGACUGUUUCAUAGUUAUGGAUUCAGAAUUUUAAUCCAAAUGAAAAACUCCUAUAUGGUCAACUUUACACAAAAUCAAAAUCAACACAAUACACUUUUCAGUGAGACACCCGUUGUGUUUUUUCUUACCUAAUAUACUGAAGCAAAUUGCUUAAGUCUGGUUUUUAUUUCCAGGAAGAAGCCUACUUGUGGAUUCUCUGACAUGUAUUAUAAUUCUUUUAAUAGGAUAUGUCAUUACCAUACAAAUUAUAAUUAUUCUUUGCAAGUCGUGGCCUUUUUGGUCGUAACAUUUGUUACGAUGAAUAUAAAUGUAUCCGUCUUUACUUUUACCGCAUCACAAACAACACGCUGUAGAUGUUUUGUGUCUUGUUACUUGUUUGUUUGUUCGACUCUACGUGUACUUGCUGGUCUUUGAAGUACGUUGAAGUGGGCAAACCUACUCAAAUGGAUUUUCAUCCUAGGUAAGAGAUGGGCACUUUGCAGCAGGAAAACUUUUAACAAAAGCCAAUAAAAAUGUUGUAUAAGAACAGUUCCUCAUUUCUCUUUAGUUAAUCUUUACUAGCUUCUGUCACGCUUUGGCAACAAACCCUGUGUCCCUCUGGAAAACGCAGACCUUGAGAUAGUAUUGUGAGUAUGCAGAGCCAGAAGAAAGAUCAGUAAUUCACUCUAUUUCCUGUUUCCUGUUAAUAAAAUACCGUCAGUGAAACUGUCUUUAACCCAUCCAACUGAGUCUCUGCUGAAUAGCUUUCCAUUUAGGGAAGUUUGCCUUUUCUUUUAGUUUUUCCUCCUUCAAGCUAAACCUUUUUUUUUUUCCCUACCUAGUCAUCAGUGCAGAUAAAAUACAGCUGUCUGUCAUUUUUUAUAUAUAUAUUUUUAAAUCUUACCUUCUAGAAUGUAAGGAUUCGAAACCAUUUGAGUAGGUCUAAAAUUAGAUGAUGAAAUACGUUUAGCACACUUCAUAGGCUGCCUGGAACGUCUAUAGUAUUCAGCUUUUGUUAGCCAUGAUUAUUACCAUCAUUUAUUAAAUUUGUUUCAUACACUCACAAAAAAAAAGAUUUAGUAUUAAGAAGGGAUGAGGCAGUUACUUAAGGUUACUCAAGCUUUCCAUUUGGUUUCUGAAAGUAGCUGUUCACAGCCAAUCAGAUGCUGAAGCUUUGACUGUUGAAGACAGAAUCUAGUACCCCUGCUACCCAAUAUCCACUGACUCUGCAGAGUAAGAAAAAUCACUUUUGCAAAGACAAAUACCCACACAAAACGUGCACACUAAUGUUC